CGCUCCUAUAAAGCGGCGCGCAAGGCGCAGCCUUUUCCUCCGAGAGCAAACCGAGAAGCGGACCCUGAGCUGCUGUUUGAUUUCGUUUAUUAUUCCUUUGGAAAAUGCUGCGAGUAAGAUGUCUGAGAGGAGGUAGCAGGGGGGCCGAGGCUGCCCAUCUGAUCGGAGCCAUGCUUGGCCGUUCUGUCACUGGCUGGGUGCAGAAGGCUUUCCAGAGCACUUCUAGUGCAGCAGCUGCACAACAUCAUGCAGUUGAAGAGGAAGCCGUUACUGAGCCCCUUCAGCAGGAAUGUCCCGUCUGCAGCUACAACGAAUGGGACCCUCUUGAGGAGGUGAUUGUGGGUCGAGCUGAGAAUGCUCAUGUGCCUCCCUUCACUGUGGAAGUGAAGGCAAACACAUAUGAGAAGUACUGGUCCUUCUAUCAGAAGCAUGGGGGGCAGUCUUUUCCUGCGGACCACUUGAAAAAAGCUGUUGUUGAGAUUGAGGAAAUGUGCAAUAUUCUGCGCCACGAGGGCGUCACUGUGAGGAGGCCGGAACCCCUCGACUGGUCUGUCUCAUACACAACUCCAGAUUUCACAUCAACGGGAAUGUAUGCUGCUAUGCCCAGAGACAUCCUGUUGGUUGUGGGAAACGAGAUUAUUGAGGCUCCGAUGGCCUGGAGGGCUCGUUUCUUUGAGUAUCGUGCCUACAGACCUCUGAUCAAGGAGUACUUCCAUAAAGGUGCUAAAUGGACCACAGCGCCCAAACCCACAAUGGCUGAUGAGCUGUAUGAUCAGGACUACCCCAUCCGCACAGUGGAGGACAGGCACAAGCUGGCUGCCCAGGGGAAGUUUGUGACCACAGAGCAUGAGCCCUGCUUUGACGCUGCUGACUUCAUCCGAGCUGGGAGGGACCUCUUUGUCCAAAGGAGUCAGGUUACGAAUUACAUGGGAAUCGAGUGGAUGAGGCGUCAUCUGGCCCCAGACUUCAAGGUCCACAUUAUCUCUUUCAAGGACCCAAACCCAAUGCACAUCGAUGCUACGUUUAACAUCAUUGGUCCUGGGUUGGUGUUGUCCAACCCUGACCGCCCAUGUAGACAGGUGGACAUGUUCAAGAAGGCUGGCUGGACUAUUGUGAAACCUCCGGUGCCUUUGAUUCCUGACGACCAUCCACUGUGGAUGUCGUCCAAAUGGCUCUCUAUGAAUGUACUGAUGCUGGAUGAGAAACGUGUCAUGGUUGACGCCAACGAAACCAGCAUUCACAAAAUGUUUGAGAGCCUCGGUAUCAAGACCAUAAAGGUGAACAUUCGCCAUGCCAACUCCCUUGGUGGUGGCUUCCACUGCUGGACGACAGAUGUCCGCCGCCGUGGUACCCUGCAGUCCUACUUCCACUAGCCUUGCCAGAAAAAAAGGCAGUUUUUAUUGAGCUUUGAAAACUAAAGCCUCAAUCCAGAAUCAUGAUUGACAAUCUAUCAAAGUUAUUUACACGAAAAGAGGCCGGAGCACCCUCUUGCUCAUUUUAAAAUCAACCAAGCAAAGAUUUUCACCAAACUGUGUGAAACAAACGAUGAUGGGGACGUCUAUGUCAGAUUGCACCAAGCUCCCCUCCGGAUUGUGUCUUUGUGUCUUAAAUGCAGGUAUAAAUGAUUUUGAUUUGCUGCACAUCUGAUUUGCAAACAGCUUAAAUAGCACAUAUUUGUUCAAUAGCAACAAAUGUUUAUUUGUUUAAUUCAGUCAGGAAUCUCAAUAUAAACUGCUUUUCUGGCCUGGCUACUGUCAAGCGUUUUAGGCUUAUCCAUCUGAAAGCCAAAGUUCUGAGGACAAGGUACAAUUUGGUAUGUGAAUGUCACAAAACUAGGGCACAGGAGGCGAAAACUACCUCCUCAUUACUGAGGAUGCUUUUCAUUCUACGAACUUCUUCCUCACAUCUUUGCUCUCACUGUGAUCUGUUACCCUUUUUCUGCUCUGAGGAAUCUGGAAAAGACUGAUAGUUCCUUGCAACAAUCUCUUUUCCAUAAUUUCACUAUAGGAGGAACUAAAAAAGAGGGAAGAGCCGUGAAGCAAGCGAGGAUACAUGUUAGCGUAAUGAAAAGCGCCCUCAGAAAACACAAUUAUAUCUCUUUCCAAUAUUUUUUUAUAUAAAGUCAUGUAUAAAACAUUAACGUAGGUCAUAAAGGAACUUUUUCGUCUUAACACUAUUAUUUUGUAAAGUUUUUAAUUCAUCAAACAGGAAAAAUUCUGCAUAUAUUUUUACAAACUUUAUUGGAUUUCCCAGGAAAUAGUAUUUUUUUUUUAUAUUUUCAUUAAAACUCUGUGGUCCAUAUCAAAUAUUGUACACCUUUUGCCUCUGAUGUUUUCUCCUGUUGCACAUCUGGGUCAGUUACACUUCGUGCUACCAUAGCCUCGCUCACUAUAUUUGGCUGCUUUUGAGCGCAAAGCAAAACAUUUUAAGGAAGAUGUUUCAUGGUAAAAAAAAUUAUGUCUAAUGAUUCCUUUGCAGCUUUUAGAGUGGAAUGUGUUGAACUGCUUUGAUAUUUUUGGGAAAAAAUUAAUCUUAGGGAAUUUGUGUUUCAGUAGAGGAAUGCAAGUGAUGCUUCAUAUUAUGCAAUGUUAUUAAAUGUAAUGAAGAAUAA